GGUGCUUCUGCCAGUUUGUAGUACCUAAAUAGGUAGUAGAAAAGACUUUUGUUUCAUAAAAAAUCGUGGAAAAUAUAAAAUGGCUUCAGCAAUGGAUGUAGACGAUGAAGAAGUUGAGUUGCCCACGUCCAGCAGUUCUAAAGGCGAAAAGAAAAGGUUUGAAGUUAAAAAGUGGAAUGCCGUUGCCCUUUGGGCUUGGGAUAUUGUCGUUGAUAAUUGUGCGAUUUGCCGUAACCACAUAAUGGAUCUCUGCAUUGAAUGUCAAGCUAAUCAAGCUUCUGCAACUAGCGAAGAAUGUACUGUAGCAUGGGGUGUAUGUAAUCAUGCUUUCCAUUUCCAUUGUAUAUCUCGAUGGUUAAAAACAAGGCAAGUCUGUCCACUAGACAAUAGGGAGUGGGAAUUUCAGAAGUAUGGACACUAAUUGAGAGUAUAUAUUGCCUAUAUUAAUAACUGAAAAUUGUCUAAUAAAAAAAAUGUUGAGAAAGAAGUUACACAGAUUUUUCAAUGUCUUAUUAACACAUUUUGUAAUUCAAAUAUAAUAAAACAACAACGUGAA